AUGAAUUUUCCGCAUUUAGUCUUUUCCAUUUUUGCCAUCGAACAUUUUUCCCUGAUUGAUCAUAUCUAUGACCUUGCAGCUGGGACUCCAAAUGAGAAUGGUGUUUUCCGUAUGAGGUGCUUGUUGAUUGAGCCAUUUCCGGAAUCAGCUUUAAAUGAGAAGGCUGGCAAGAUGCUGCUUGAAAAUUACGAGUAUGCUAGACAUGCAAGAUUACACGCUCUCAAGCAGAAGCUAAAGUUCAAAACAGGAGUUAUUUCCGAGUCUACCAUUACCCGAAAUGUUGAUCAGACGAACUCCUCUGUAAAGAGUGCUGACCAGAAGAAUGCAGUACCAGGUCCCACAUCUUCAUUAGCCUCAAAACUCGAAAACAGUCGAGAUCAGCCAGCUGUCAUAACUUCAACAACUGAGACGGGAGUUGGCAGAUCAAUGACAGCUCCAUUGACACAGAAGAAAGAAGUUCGGCUGUCAAAAGCUCCCACAGACAAAAGAAGAUGGAUGCAAGAAAGAAAAGCUUGA